AUGGCUGAAGAGAUUACUUUCGCUGUGAAGCGGAUCUCAUGGUCUCAAUACGAACACGAAACUCCCAUUCUUCUCCAGGAGGCCAAUGGACCUUGCCCCUUGAUAGCGCUCGUGAACACGCUUCUUUUGCAAAACGAUGUUCUUCAGCGUGAAGCCGAUUUCAAUCCAAAGAGCAAAAGUGUGGGUGGAGCCGCACGUCAUACUGAAAGUAUAGGCAAAAUUAGGGCCCUUUUACACCGCCACCUUGAUCGAAACGUGCUGUUGAACGAGGUUUUGGCUUGUUUAGGCGAUGUCUUGCUUGAUGUAUACGACAAUCUGUCUGUCGUAAACCGGCUUUUGGAGAACCUUCCUCUUCUCCACACUGGUUUGAGCGUCAACCCCAAUGUCUACCGUGGCGGCUUCCCACGAGACUUGAGCUCUGAGAUUUUCAAAGCUUUUGGUCUCCAUUUUGUUCACGGCUGGCUCUGGGAUCCUGCGGUGGAUUCUCGAAAGGAGUACUUCGAACGUCUCCAGACAUUCGACGACAUUCAGGACUUUUUACUCCACCCAAACGAGGACCCUGCUGCUAAAGCAGAUAUUCAACGGUGGCUCGAUAGUCAUUCCACCCAGUUGACGGCUCAUGGACUCAAACAACUUGACGAGGAGAUCGCACCAGACUCCUUGGCAGUCUUCUUCCGCAACAAUCACUUCAUGACGAUCUACAAAGCUCACGACCAUGAUUUCUAUCUGCUUGUGACGGAUCUGUCUCUCCUGGGCAAGUGUGUCUGGCAGCUGAUGAUUCUGGUUUCAGGCAGCGAGGAUUUGUUCUUUGCUGGUAACUUUGUGCCGAUUCUGGAGAACUCAGACCUGGGGCAGUUCAAUCAUAAUGAGGAUUUGGACCUCGUGAGACAACUUCAGGAAGAGGAAGAUGCUGCAAUGGCUCAGCGGAUGCAAAAGAAGUACGAGAAACGUACACCAGCUCUCCCGAAAGAGAAGACAGAGAAGAAGGAGAAGCACGCCAAGAAUGACAAUCUGGAUGUGCCUAAGAAGAGCAAGCUUUCGUGUGUUGUGGUGUAG